AAAAAUUUCUUUUCUGCUGCUCAAAAUUGCGCCGCAGCAAUCCCCCUUUCUCCGCCGUUCCAAUCCCCUCCCAUUUCCGAUCAGAAAACGAUGAGAUGAGGACGCCUUUCGACGACUCUCGCGACGGUAAGUCCCCUUUCCUUCUUCUUUUGUUUUUAUUUUAUAUCAGAAAAUAAAAAAAGAAAAAGAACAAAAAUCCCACAGAUUCAAACUCGAAACGAAAUACCUUCAAAAAUCCUUGCUUUCUGAUUUCUUUUACUUGUCUACUUUCGUCUGUUUAAGCUCAACCAUCCCCCCCCUUUUUACAGAUUUUUCAAGGCUUUAAAUAGCCGAAAAAAUAAAAAAUCUAAACAAAAUAAAAAAAAAUCCCACUUGUUUUCCGUUAUUUGCUGCGCUUGUGUGUUUCUAUUUUUGCAGGUUCGGUGGCGCAUGUGCGUGGAGAGGAGGCCCGAGACGUGCGACGCCUGGAACCUCGCUGGAGGCAUCCCCGCGACGUACGCGAGGUGGACGCUGCGAGUGUGGCUGCUGUUGAGAGCGGCGGCUGGAGCAGAGAAGCUAGGGUUUCUUUUUUUGGGUUUUAGGCUGCUAUGGGCUUAGAGGUUUUGGGCUUGUAAUUAGGGUUAAUAUUUGGGCUAUUGGAUUGGGACUUUGGUUUGUACGGGCCCGGGUAAAUUGUGCUUAUUACAGACUCUAAAGGAAGAGUUUGCUAAAAUCGCAUUAAACCAUUAUAAAAUGAUAAUGCAAAUUUAAUCUCUUUGGUAUCCAUUAGCAAAAAAACAAAAAAAAGUAAAAUAGAAAUGGCUUCCUUCUUCUCUUGUACGGCCACAAUAUUCCUAACCAUUGGCUGCAAUGCUUAUGGUGCCUUAAUUGAAGGUAUCUGCAAACAGUCCCAAGACUACAAAUAUUGCAUGUCAGUUGUGGGCAAUGACCCUCGCGCAGCCGCAGCAGACUUGCAUCGCCUUGCUUUGCUUUCUAUUCAAGUUAUGGCGAUUCAAAUUCAGGACACCCUCCAUCAAAUCUCCAGAAUUCAUCCCAACUUGAAAGACCCACUCGCAAUGCGAAUCCGAUUACGACGAGGCUUAUACAAAUUUGCAGAGCAGCUUCAGCUCCUCAUUGAUUGUCAUAAUGGAUUUCGGAGGAAUGGUCCUAUUGCCACAUCACCAAUUGACGCGGAUGAUAUGAAAGUCUUUAAAUUAUCAGAGAUUUUCUUGUUAGCCGUUGACCGUCUUAUUCCUUAGAAAUUGUAGAUUAUCUUAACCUAAACAAAUGUAAUCUUCCUUAAUUUCUAUAAUUGCGUAUCUUGUUUAUGAAAUUCACUAACUUAGAUCCUUGAUCUAAAACAUAAUUUGUCAAAAAUGAAUGAAAGAUAGCAGAGGUCUUUGUUCCUCAUUAAUGUGCUGCCAUAAAUUAAAAUCUUCUAAAAAAUGGAUCACCCAUCUGGCAGUUUUGACAUUUUGUGGUUAAAUUCCUGCAUGUAUGUAGUUGUAAAAUAGAGUGGUUCAAGUAUUUGUAUA